GAGGAGACCUAAAUCUCAUCUCACGGGUGGUAGUCUCCACUCAAUCAUGGAUUCAGAUGCUUCGCUCCCCAAAGACAAAGACUUUGGAAGAUUCGAAUUCGGAUGCCAACACUACAAGAGACGCUGCAAACUCAGAGCUCCUUGCUGCAAUCUCAUCUUCGCAUGCCGCCAUUGCCAUAACGAGGCAGCGAAUUCUUUAUCUGAUCCUCAAGAACGACAUGAUUUGGUCCGGCAAAACGUCAAGCAGGUUAUUUGUUCCAUAUGUCAAACUGAGCAAGAGGUUGCUCAAGUCUGCUCGAAUUGCGGCGUCUAUAUGGGUGAAUACUUUUGUGAUAUCUGCAAAUUCUUUGACGACGAUACCUCAAAAGAACAGUUUCAUUGUCACGACUGUGGAAUUUGUAGAGUUGGUGGGCGUGACAAAUUCUUUCAUUGCCAGAGUUGUGGAGCUUGUUAUGCAACUGGCUUGCGCGAUAAACACUCUUGCAUUGAGAACUCCUUAAAGAAUUCUUGUCCUGUCUGUUAUGAGUAUCUAUUUGAUUCGGUAAAAGUCGCGAAUGUGAUGAGAUGUGGGCAUACUAUGCAUAUGGAUUGCUUCGAACAAAUGAUCAACGAACAACAGUACCGUUGCCCCAUUUGUUCCAAGUCGAUGACGGAUAUGUCAUCUUCGUGGCAAUCAUUAGAUCGCGAGAUAUCCGAAACAGAGAUGCCUGAUGAGUAUAAAUAUGAGGUUGCAAUUCUUUGUAAUGACUGCAACAAGAGGAGCAAUACUAUGUUCCACAUAUUUGGACUCAAGUGCGGGCACUGUGGUUCAUACAACACUCGCAGGAUCUCAACUCCGCAAGACCCUCUACCUCAAACA